UAUUCUUGGCACCUCGUAUUACUCUAAAGCCACUUGUUCCAAGUUUCCCAUGUUUUUCAAGCAUAAGUGUUUCUUUGGUGGAAAAGCCUUAUCUUGACUUUGGACUCAAACUACUUGGGGCAGACAUCAUGGCCAUUCCUGUAUUAUAUCGCUUUGUUCAGGACAAAAUUGCUUCCGAAAUUUCAAAACUCUACCAUUGGCCUAAAGAUUUGGAGAUAAAAAUUCUGGAUAAUGCUAGCGGUGCCACGAAGAAACCUGUUGGAAUACUACAUGUGAAGGUCGUGCGUGCGCUAAACCUCUUGAAAAUGGAUAUCCUCGGUAAAUCUGAUCCUUACGUGAAACUAAGUUUGAGUGGUGAAAGACUGCCAUCCAAGAAAACUUCGGUGAAGAUGAGCAAUCUUAACCCUGAAUGGAAUGAGACUUUCAAGCUUAUUGUGAAGGAUCCUCGAACCCAAGUUCUUCAGCUACAUUUGUUUGACUGGGAAAAGGUCAAAGCCCAUGACAAACUGGGCAUGCAAGUUGUGUCACUUAAUUCACUUACUCCUUAUGAGAUGAAGCAAUUCACUCUUGAUCUUCUCAAGAACAUGAACCCAAAUGAUUCACAUAACAAAAGAAAUAGAGGAAAAGUUGUGGUGGAAUUGACAUUCGAACCUUUUCGAGAAGAAUUUGAGAAAUUAAGCGGAUUUUUAGAUGGCGAAGCAAAGCUCAAAAGCCCAGGAAGCUCUUCUUCCCUUGGUUCAUCCGGUGGCGGUCUUCUUUCUGUAACCGUUGAAGGUGCAGAAGAUGUUGAAGGAAAGCAUCACAACAAUCCCUACGCAGCUGUUUCUUUUAGAGGAGAGCGCAAAAAAACCAAGGUAAUAAAAAAAAGUAGAGAUCCACGGUGGAAUGAAGGGUUCCAGUUCGUGUUAGAUGAACCACCAGUUAACGACAUGAUACAUAUUGAAGUUAUAAGCAAGAGGAGAGGUUUCAGCUGGCAUGCUAAGGAAUCUCUGGGCCAUGUUGAUCUUAACCUCGCAGAUGUCGUGAAUAAUGGGCGCAUCAACAAUAGAUUUAAUCUCAUAAACUCUAAGAAUGGAGUGAUUCACGUUGAGCUCAGAUGGAGCACCGUUUGACCAACAGCUGCAGUAAGGUUCUCAUUCAGCUGCUCCGACAUACAGCCUCCGAAGAUUGAAAAAUAAGAUUUUGAAGCUGGAGCUAAAUGGUUGUGAUGAAGCUGAUGGCGAUCCUGGGUGUAAAUUUCUUCUGUGCCUCUAUGUAAAUAAUAUAUAGUUUUUGUUCUUUAGUUUCGUCUUAACAAAUUUCCCUUUCAGAUAUCUGUGAUUAUUAUGGGCAGAAGUUGUAUUGCCAGAGAUGUCAUCAUAUUGUACAUAUGAAUGUAACACCACUGUCCAGUUUUCAGGUGUCAUUAACAAAAGUUGUGAGGAUACUGGAGCAGGUUUUACAUUCACAUCACACAAUUCUUAUUUAUUUACAUUUCUAAUACCUAAAUUUUUAU